GGAUCAGCAAGAUGGAUUCUGAGGAUGAAGAUGGUGGCCAUGAAUUCUCAUUGACUGGAUUCAUGUUUGGUAACAUUGAUAAGAGUGGACAAUUAGAAGAUGAUGUCUUUGAUGAGGAUGCCAAGUGUCACCUUUCAGGUCUCGGAACCCUGAGUGGUCUGGAAUCUAUGUUUAAAGAGCUGACUGGAGAACAGAGGAAGGAUGAUGAUAAGGAGGAUGACGAGGAGGAGGAUUACGAUGAUGAUGAUGAAUCAGGUUCUGAUCAAGACUCUAGCAGUGAGAAAGAGAAAGCAGUUGAAGCUGUGGAUUACUCCGACAUUACAGAGAUGGCCGAAGAAGAACAGGUCUAUAUAGAUACAAUGGCUUCUAUGUCUACACAAAAUAAAGAUGACGAUGAUGACUAUGAUGCUGAUGAUGAUGAUGGUGAAAGCAAGAAUAAAGAUGAUUCUAUCUUGAUGCCUCCUCCCCCUAUACCACCUCCAGUAACCAGACUGAUGCAUACCUCUCCAGCCUCAUCUCAAGACAAUGAUAACAGAAGUGAUAAGAGAGAAGAGGCAGAGACUGGUGAAGAUAAAGAAAAACAGGAUGAAUCAGAAAAGGAAGGCAAGAAAAAGACAGAUGAAAAAGAAGGAGAGAAUAAAGAAGAAGGAAAGAUAGAAGCACCUCUGAAGCACUUGUAUGACACGGCUAGCGAGAAGUUCAAAGAUAAAACAGUAACAGAUCUCUUCCCAGAAUUCAGGCCUGGUCAGGUCUUGAGAUUCUACCGGCUAUUUGGGCUCCCUCAACAAAACCUCCUGCCACAGCUGUGGAGGGGUAUGAAGAAGAAAAAGAAGAAGAGACACCCAUCUGGUUCUGAUGCCAUCCCAAAGGACUCUCCUCCAUCCAGUCCUCCAAGGAAGACUAUUGAUGGAUGGGAUUAUCGCUAUGCUCCCUUUCCUCCUCCUGAGGACUGCAUGCCUGACGAUGCGGAGUUAAUCAUGGCUGCUAUGGAAGCGGAUGAUCGUAAUGCUAAUUCUGAUAAAGAUAAGAACAAAGAUGCUCUACCUGAGAUAGCAGAAUGGCGGUAUGGACCGGCUCAGUAUUGGUAUGAUAUGCUAGAUGUACCUGAUAAUGGAGAAGGAUUUGACUAUGGAUUCAAACUCAAAUCCACAUCAGAAACCAAGGUAAAGGAAGAGAGCAAGGAAAUCAAGAAAGAAUCCGACGACACCCCAACAGCACCCUCUAUAUCAGCCGAGGAGCUUCUUUCUCACCUCCCUCCAAUCCCACAAGCCUCUGAUGAAUGUUUUGACAUGGUGACCCAACUACCUUGGGAGAAUGAUGUCAUAUGGGAUGCUGAAGAUGUCAAAGAUAAGGUCCUCAGUUCAACUGCAGCAAGUAAUGCAGGAUGGGUACCGACAUUGUCCAAUAGGACUGCUCUUGCUUACUACACUCAACAGGGUCAGAAGAUUGUUGACUACCUUGGUCCUAACUACAAUGAGAGAACAGCAAUGAAAGUAGUUGGUCCUAUGUUGAGUGAUUUGACUAAUAGUAAACUAGCUAAGACAGUCUCGACUCCAAACAGACAAUCACAGAACCCAGCUCAAGAGAAAUCAGAUUGUAUGUGGUACUCCAUCUUCCCUGCUGAUAAUGAAGAGCUCGUCUACCAUCGUUGGGAGGAUGAUAUCAUCUGGGACCAUGAGGCAAUGGAUAAGAUACCAACCCCGCCUGUCCUUCGACUAGAUCCCAAUGAUGAGAACAUCAUACUGAGGAUACCGGAUGAUAUUGACCCUGAUAAGUUGGCUGCCAGUGGAAAGGAGAAGAAAGAACCUCGGAAAUCAAAGAUUGUGAUGGAGAAGAGUGGGAUGACGAGAUCGGAUGAUCAGGACGAAGAUUUCAAUGACCAGCAGGAGAAUAAGAAUCCCUUCAACAUCUCUAACGAUGAGAACUACUAUCCUAAGAACUUGGGUGAAGGCAAACUAAGACCAAACAUGUCAUCUGAUUUACAGCACUCCACCGCUUCAGUAGAGCUUCGUCAGCCGUACUUCCCAACCCACAUGGGUCCCAUCAAACUCCGUGGUUGGCAUCGUCCUCACAUCAAGAAAUAUAACUUUGGUGCUGUCUCUGCUCAAGGACCUCAUGGAGUAUUCCCUCUCGUUAGGAGGAUCAAACAGAAAGCAAGGCAAAGAGAACAAGAGAGACAAGCCUCAGGAGGAGGUGAGAUGUUCUUUAUGAGAACAGUAGAAGAUCUAACUGGUAUGGAUGGUCAUCUUAUUAUGACUGAAUACUGUGAAGAAUACCCACCACAGAUGAUGCAGGUUGGCAUGGCAACACGCAUCACUAACUACUACAAGAGGAAACCAAGCUCAGAUGCCAAACCACCAUUGUAUGAAUACGGUGAGACGGUCAACGUCCACAGCUCACCGUUCCUUGGUUCAUUGAGACCUGGUCAGUCUCUUCAAGCAUUUGAGAACAAUCUUUUCAGAGCUCCACUCUACAAACACAAGGUCCCAGCUACAGACUUCCUUCUCAUCAGAACAAGACACAGGUAUCACAUCCGUGCAUUGAAUGAUAUCUUCACUGUUGGACAGCAAUAUCCUCUUUUAGAAGUUCCUGGUCCAAACUCAAAGAAAUCUAAUAAUCAUAUCAGGGAUUUCUUACAGGUAUUCAUCUACCGGCUGUUUUUGAAGAGCAUUGAUCGUCCUCGAAGGAUCAAGAUGGAAGACAUCAAGAAAGCAUUCCCAACUCACUCUGAAAGCAGUAUCAGGAAAAGACUCAAACUAUGUGCUGAUUUCAAGAGAACUGGUUUGGACUCUAACUGGUGGGUGAUGAAACCAGAUUUCCGUCUUCCAUCAGAAGAGGAGAUCCGUGCCAUGGUAUCACCUGAGCAAUGCUGUGCCUAUUACAGCAUGCAGGCUGCAGAACAGAGACUCAAGGAUGCUGGCUAUGGAGAAAAAUCAUUCUUUGCUCCUGACAAUGAUGAUGAAGAUGAUAACCAAAAGAUAGAUGAUGAGGUCAAAACAGCUCCAUGGAAUACAACUCGUGCUUUCAUUGCUGCAAUGAAAGGCAAGUGUCUGCUGGCAGUGACUGGUGUGGCUGAUCCAACGGGAUGUGGAGAGGGAUUCUCUUACAUCAAGGUUCCUAACAAACCUACGCAACAGAAGGGUGAUCUCCCUGAGAGCCUUAUGCAAGAUGAGAUUGAGAAACCAACUCAACCCAAGAAGACAGUGACAGGAACAGAUGCUGAUCUCAGAAGGCUCAACUUGAAGCAAGCCAAACAGUUACUCAGGAACUUUGGUAUUGCUGAAGAAGAUAUCAAGAAGUUAUCUCGUUGGGAAGUGAUUGAUGUCGUCAGGACCUACUCUACUCAACAAGCCAGGACGGGGGAUAGCACCACAUCUAAGUUUGCUAGAGGAAAUAGGUUUGGAAUCGCUGAGCAUCAUGAACGCUACAAGGAGGAAUGCCAACGUAUCUUUGAUCUGCAGAGCAAAGUAUUAUCCAACACUGAGGUAUCAACAGAUGAGGAGAGUAGUUCAGGAGAAGGAGAAGAUAGUGAUUUUGAAGAGAUGGGAAAGAAUAUUGAGGUCAUGUUAUCUAGCAAGAAAACAAGCUCACAGUUAUCCCAUGAGCGUGAGGAAGCUGAGAGAUUAGAGCUUCAACGUAUGAUAAUGGGUGAGGAUUCUAACAGUGGUCUACCUAAGGGUGGUAAGGAUGGGUCUGGACCUUCUACCUCUAAAGGAAGUAGGACCAAUACACCUGUACCAGGCAAGGAUGAUGAUACAGGAUCAGUACAUAGCUUUGCUUCCUCUCUGUCUGGACGUAGAUUAAAGAUUCAUAGAACGUUUAAAGGAGAGGAUGGUAAGGAGUAUGUGAGAGUAGAGACAGUCAGAAGACAAGAGGUGAUUGAUACAUAUGUCCGUAUUAGACAGACAAAAGAUGAAUCAUACAUUCGUCAGUUUGCCUUACAUGAUGAGCGUCAUAGAGAAGAGAUGAAGAAGGAGAGAAGAAGAAUCCAAGAACAGCUCAGAAGGAUUAAAAGAAACCAGGAGAAGAUGGAGAAAGAGAAGGUUAAUCCUAAACCAAAGGCAAUCAAGAAACCAAAGAAAAAGAAGGAAAAACCUGACCUGAAGAUGAAGUGUGGAGCAUGUGGUCUUAUAGGUCAUAUGAGAACCAACAAGGAUUGUCCAAGAUACAAGAAAGAAGACUCAGAGAAACCAGCUCCUAUUACCGUUGCUAUGACGCAGGAACAGGAACAUGAAGAAGAGAAACAGCUUGGUGAUGAUGAACUGGUCAAAACGGAAGGAACAAAGAUUCUUUUAGACAGGAGAGUCAUUGCCCAUGCUGAUAAGAUCAGAAGGCAGUCAUUGGUUCUCAGGUUUCCUAAGGAGAAUAUCAAACAGACAAAGAAAAGGAGAGUCAACCCUGAACCACAUUGUGAUUACCUCAAGAGACCCAAGCAAUCAAAGAACAGGCGUAGAGCUGAUCCUCAGGUCAUCAUGAGUGGUAUCUUAGAGGAGAUCCUGAAUGCAAUCAGGGAAUUACCCUAUACUCAACCAUUUCAUACGGCUGUUGAAAAGAGGAAGUUUCCUGAUUACUACAAGAUUGUCAGCAAACCUAUAGCACUCCAAACUAUCAGAGAUAAUGUUCGCAAGCACCGGUAUGCCUCAAGGGAUCAGUUUGAAUCAGACAUUAAUCAGAUUGUUGAUAACAGUAUCCUUUACAACGGAGAGAUGAGUCCUCUUACUAUGGUCGCUAAGAACAUGCUUCUUAUGGCACAGAAGAAGAUGCAAGAGAAAACUGACAAGCUCUCUCGGUUAGAGAUGGCCAUCAAUCCCCUUCUAGGUGACGAUGAUCAGCUUGCUUUCUCAUUCAUCCUUGAUAACAUUCUAACAGCUCUCAAACAUGUACCAGAGUCCUGGCCUUUCCACAAUCCUGUGAAUCCUAAGAAGGUCAGAGAUUAUUACAAGAUCAUCAAACAUCCCAUGGAUCUUGAAACUAUCAGAAAGAACAUCGCUAAGCAUUACUAUCAUUCAUCAGAGGAAUUCCUCAAACAUGUAGAGCGUAUCCGUGACAACUGCAUCCAGUACAAUGGCAAGGAGAGUCAGUUGACAUCAGUGUCAGAAAAAGUCUUGGAGACGUGUAAGAGUAAACUUCUAGAGAAUGAAGAACAUAUCUCACAACUAGAGAGAGACAUAGCACUCGCCCAGGAAGCUGUUCUUAAGGGAGCUGAGACAGAGAGUCUAGGAGCUGCUCCUCAUACACCAAUGAGUGGUGUCAAUGAUGAUAGUAUGCAAGGAUAUGAGGAUAGUCUGGCUAGUGGUGACAGAGAUGGUAUGGGAGACUUGGAAGGAGACUACAUUGAUAUUGAAGGAGAAGAUAGUCGAACCAUGGAAGGUUUCCAUGAUGAGAGCAGUGUCCUGGUCAACGAUCUCCAACUUACACCAGAUAACAGCGAAGAUGAUGAGGAUGACUUCGAGUUUGAUGACGAUGAGAGCAAACAGGCUCCAUCCCACAAGCUGAGUGAUGAGGAACACGAUGAGGAAGAUGAGGAUAUGGGAGCAUCGACAUCGAUGUCGGCCUCAAUGAUGAUUGGAGGAAUGUUCGGUGACGAGGCUCGUGCUGCAAUGUUUCAGGAUGAUGAUGAUUCUAGGAGUUCAGUUUGGAUGGAAGAGGAAUCAAUGGAUGUCAGAGAUAAUAGACUCUCACUUUCACAAUCAUUGGGACUAAUGAAGUCAGAUAUAGGGGAUGAAGAUGAGGAGGAAGAGGAGGACGAUGUCAGGGAACAAAGUAUAGAUGAUGUUAAAGAAGAUGGAGAUAGUGAGGAUAAUAAUGAGGAUGAUGAGGAUGAAGAUGAUGAUGACAUGGUAGAUCUUGAAGAAGAGACAUGAAAAUAUGAUCCACUGUGAGUGUAGAAGGCAGAUUAAGGAAAGAUUAUCAUAAAGGACUUGCUUGCACAUGAUGUCGUUUAAUGAUAUCCUGGAUAUUUCUGUUACACAUUUAGCCCGAAAAGAGGUGGGUUAUUUGUACCCAUCUCACAGCCGGAUACCGUCCUCCCUGAUAUCUCGGCCUUUGAUCGCGAGAGCGCCGCAAAAAUUUGCACAGUGGUAGUGUGCGGUAAAAUCUACAAGGCUGUAUGGUUAAUUUUUUUUCAAUAAUAAUAUUUUUCAUUUAUUGAAUUAAUUAUGCUAAUUUAUGCAUGAAAUGAAACAUUUGCUCUCAUCAACUAUCAUACGACCCCAAAACUGCUAAUUUUUAAUUCACAGAUUAUUUGUAGGAUCUCGAUCAAAUGUACUUUUAAAAAAAAAUUGGUAUUGCAAUUUUUUUCUUAUGUAUUUAAUUGUAUUUUUAAUUUCUUAUGUAUUUCUUUGUUUUUUAUUGUUUUUUCAAAGAAAAUUGAUUGACUUUUUGUUUUUUAUUGUUUUUUCAAUGGAAAUUGAUUGACUUUUUGUUUUUUAUUGUUUUUUCAAUGGAAAUUGAUGCAGACUUAAUUCUGAUCAUAAACGACAAAAUUAAUUAAGUUUAAUCAGUAAAAGUAGAAAUAAUGAUACACUAUGAAUUUUGGCUUAAUACACAAUUUGCAUUGGAUUUGUACAUAAAUUUACGUUUUUGAGCAGUUUUGGGUCUGGUAUGCACUUAAUUUCGUAACUGCAUACCCAGACAUCGCAAAUUUGGUCUCAAAAGUUAAGGGAGAUUUGAAGAAAAAAAGUGGUAUGGUUGAAAAAUUUUGUGUGGCGGAUUUAUCGUGAAAAAUAAAGAGGGGGCGGAAUCUGCGCCCCCCUGGCCUUUUAAGGUUAAAUGACAGUGGUAAAUAUCCAACAAUUCAGAACGUCCAAAGUCUGAGAUGUAUCCUCUAGACUGUUACAACUCUAGCUUUGCUUGACUUUCAAUGGAGUCCAUGAUUGUAUGGCAGUUACUCCAGAAGCAUUUGUUCCUAUGGAUAGUCAGGUAAUCAGGUAAAAAUAAAACAUGUUCUUAAAAUUAACAUCAAUAUACAUAUUACUCUCACAUUAUUUUGAAGUAGUCUAGAACAAUUCUGUUAUAAACAAAUGUCAAACUCCCUUUUAUGAUGAUGCUUUAAUUGAGAUUAAAGUUUUCUUGAUGGAAACAUCAUACAUAUUGGCUGUGCCUGAUACUGCAGUGUAUCAAAAUAGUAGAAGACAUCAGCUGCACAGGCCUCCAUUAUAAAAUCACACCAGUUGAUAAUAGUUAGCUUUGAGAAUGAUCAUUAAUUAUAAAGAAAGUCAUUGUUCUUUACAAUUGCAAAUGUAAUAGACUGAUCAAAAUGGAUUACACAUCUGUACAACUGAAUUAGAGUUGAAUUUAAAGCAGACAGAAUCCAUGUAAUUAUAGUAAAAAUUAUCCUUGGUAGAACAGGUUGUCAAAGUAUAGUCUAUUUCUCAUGAAUUGUGGAGUUUUUUUAUCAGUAUGGAUAUUUGAAUUUCAUUUUAAAUGAAAGAAGAAGGCAUUCAAUGUAAUUCCGUAAUUUUCAAGAGCAUUACUAAAGAUGCAAAACAAAAUUUACUGUUGUGUUGAAAGAGUCAAAAAGAGAUACAAAAUUGUUUUCAUACUCUCAAAGAAGAUCGAUUGUAAGUUAUCUCAUGUUAUUAAAAAAGAUAUAUAUAUUGUAUUCAUUAAUCUAAUAUUUGAAUCGAGGCCCUGUGUUGAUUACUAGUAUUCCCACUCAUGAACUUUGCUGUUUUGAUGGGAUUUCAUUCAACUUUUUAUCAAGCUUUUAUGCUUCUCAUAACUCAACACAAACAGAAAUACACGCAAACCGAAAUCCUUGUACUAUUUUCUUGUUUGCUGCCACCUUGUGUCUAAUUGAAACUCAUCUAAACUUGAUAUUGUGGCAUGCACCUGUUAGCAGUGAAAAUAAUUAUCUGAUUCAGCCAUGAGCCAAGAUUUGAGACCAAGUCUCAUCUUAUAGAUGGUGACAUUUAAGGCAGUUAGUAUCUUUGCCCAGGAUUGAAGAUCAAACUCACUCAUUCAGCUGCUAAUUCAAUCAUUACUGCGAACCCAUACUAGGUCAACUUGGAACAGCCAGGACUUCAGAAGCCAAAUAGUCAGUUACUCUUUAAAGAUGUCUAUGAUUACCAAAUAAGGGUACCCCAGUACCUUUUAACAAUGCUGCUCUGAGACACCCAUGUAGUCUGUACGCUGACCUGGGUGCAUUAUGGCAAAGUGUAUGGUGGACCUAGAUUAAAUGUCUUCUAGAUGGUCAAUAACUCCCAUUUUGUCUAAAAGUUAAGGAUUUGUUAACAUACCCUAGGAAGAUAUAAGGCAUGACUGUUAUUCUGUCCAAAGGAUUUCUUUCAACAAUAGAUCGCUUUAAAAGGUGUUCCCUAGACUAUGUAAGCAUUUAAGGUUGAUGUUACUUUCAGUCUCAAAGUAUAAUCUUGCCAAGAAUUGUUGAUCUGUCAACAAAGAUUCAAAGUUACUUGCCAAACUUUGGUUACUGGUGGAUGGUUCAUUCCUGUGAGAGAAUAAACCUGUAUCGCAUCUUUUUUCUUUAUGGAAUGAAAACGAUCUGAAAGACUUAAUCUAAAUAAAAUGUUAACAGAAUGUUCUGUCAAAGAUAUAUUCUUUU